CUCCGCACCCGCGGAUCCAGCCCGCCCGAACGCCCGCGGCUGCGCCGGGGAACCCGCGGCCACCGGAUCGCCACGCAACUCCCCCCCCAUCCCCAAUCCCCAACCCCAGCACAGCGGGAACCGCGGCGGCCGCAGCCGCGUUGCGGUGGGGAGGCGGGAGCCGCGUUUGGCAGCCGGGAAAGGGAACGAUAGGAAAAAGGCUUUGUCUGGGAAAUCAGCAUCUCCCUUUCCCUGCCGCCCGACGUGCUGCCGGCGGCCGUGAGAGCCACAUUUUGGGCUCAUCCGUUCUUUCCGCCGCCCCGGGCAUGUCUUUGACAUAGCUGCGAGAGGCUGCCGGUCCUGUGCACUUCCGACGGAUGUCUUUGGCUGGAGCCAAAGCGUUUGGGGCUCCAGACUUGGGAGAGUAUCUGGGUGCGAGCGUGUGUGAAAAUUCCCGUGAUCGGCGGCUGAAGGGGGAAGAACUGGAAGAAAGGAGCAGUUGUGUUGGUUUUUCGUCUUGCUGGGUCAGCCUUCCUGGAUGGUCGCAUUACUCUCUUGUGAACACAUUGUCAAGCGCCUAGAGGGAAAGAGGCUUGCUUGUUUUUUUCCCGUGGUUGGUUUCCGUCGUGAUCACCGUGCAGAAAUAACCACUUUUCUCCCAGUUUGCUGGUCCGCACUGAGGCAGCAGGAAUAUGCUCAUGAAGGAGUACCGGAUCUGUAUGCCUUUGACAGUAGAAGAGUACAGAAUUGGACAGCUGUACAUGAUAAGCAAGCACAGCCAUGAGCAGAGUGACCGAGGGGAAGGUGUGGAAGUGGUGCAGAAUGAACCUUAUGAAGAUCCAAACCAUGGCAAUGGGCAGCUAACAGAAAAAAGGGUCUAUCUCAACAGCAAACUGCCUAGCUGGGCGAGAGCAGUUGUUCCAAAAAUAUUUUAUGUUACAGAGAAGGCUUGGAAUUAUUAUCCUUAUACAAUCACAGAAUACACAUGUUCAUUUUUGCCUAAAUUCUCCAUUCAUAUAGAGACAAAAUACGAGGACAACAAAGGAAGCAACGACAGUAUUUUUGAUGGAGAAGCUAAAGAUCUGGAGAGAGAAGUUUGCUUUAUUGACAUUGCCAGCGAUGAGAUUCCUGAGCGCUACUACAAAGAAUCAGAGGAUCCUAAAUAUUUCAAGUCACAGAAGACUGGGAGAGGCCAAUUAAAAGAAGGCUGGAGAGAGACCCAUCAGCCCAUUAUGUGUUCCUACAAACUUGUGACUGUGAAAUUUGAAGUCUGGGGACUUCAGACCAGAGUAGAGCAAUUUGUACAUAAGGUGGUCAGAGAUAUCCUAUUGAUCGGGCACCGCCAGGCUUUUGCCUGGGUUGAUGAGUGGUACGACAUGACAAUGGAUGAAGUCCGAGAGUUUGAACGAGCAACUCAGGAAGCUACCAACAGGAAGAUUGGGGUUUUCCCACCUGCAAUAUCUAUCUCUAACAUUUCCAUGCCUCCUUCAACCCGCAGUGCUCCGUCUAGUGCUCCAUCAACUCCUCUCUCCACAGAUGCUCCUGAAUUCCUAACAGUUCCCAAAGACCGGCCUCGGAAAAAGUCUGCUCCAGAAACUCUCACUCUUCCAGAUCCAGCUAAAAAAACCCUUUAAUUAACCCAGCAUGUUUCCUCCUGAUAAGCCAUGUCUACCACAGCAAGAGUGACUUAACUCAGUUCCUACAAAGGUCAUGGUGGUUUGUUGGUUGGUUUUGUUUUUGUUUUUUUUUCUUAAAAUGAUCUUACUGGUGUGGAAAGAUUGCUUCUUUCCUUAAAACUUUCAGAGAAAUGCAUGCAAGAGAACUUAGUUUAUAUAUUCCUAAAGUAGUGUUUCAAGCCAUAUGGUGCAUCUGACAUACAAUGAAACAGUCUGAGGGGAAUCCUAUAAAAGAAAAAUCAACAUUUCUCUAGCAGUCUUCUACCUACAGACCCUCAUCUAGGUCAUUGCAUUUAUAAUUAGGAGUAGAUAUUUAGUAAAGCUGCCAAGGACUUCUGAGGCAAAUUAGUGCCAGCUAGAAUGCAGGAUCAAAAGGAACAAACCCCUCCAGUUUUCUUCUUUCAUAGCUCAUUUUAAAAUCCUUUUUACUCUCAGUCUUCUCCUGUGUAUUCACAAACAUUUGACCUGUAACUCAUUGUACUUAAACACCAACAGCAAUCACUCAGAUUCACAUUUUGCUUAAUAUGACUCAGGAUUUGGGGCCUAGCUAACAAACACAAAACUUUUCAAACCUAAAAUAUUGCUGUAUUGAAGCCCCAGUUGUAAUUAAUUAUAUUGACUUUGAGGCCAUUGAACUAUUUCUAUCUUGCACAGAGUUUAUAAAAGAAACCACCUAUUUCUUGUAAAUAAUGUAUUUUAAUAGCUCUCCCCUGUCCUUUUAUGAUCUCUUAAGUCUGUAUUGGUGUUCAUCAAUAGUGUUCUGUGUGUAAGAUUGGAAAAAAAAAGCAGCUAAAUUGAGCCAGUAGAGCAGCAAAACCAAUGAAGCCAGUCUUGUCCUCACUGGAAGAAGAGUGGUAGUUAUGCUGUAAGACCUUGAAUGUAAAGGAAAGAAAAUAAAAGACUCCUUUUUCUUUCCUAAACAGCACAAUCUCUGCCAACAGAAAGCUGGUUGCAGGCUUUGCCAUUGCCCAGGGAAGGGGUGAAGGGAUUCAAUAACUUUAAAAACAAAUGAUUGAUGGGGCUGCUCAGUCCUCUGCAGGGUGACCUCAAGGAACCAGAAGUGCUCUUCCUGGUCUGCCUGCAAAAUUCCUCUUCAGUCUCAGGAAUUCAAAUGUGGGAAAGGAUGUUUCCUGGUAGGGAAGUGCAGAUUGUGGAAGGAGGAGAUAAACAGAUGGCAGAGGUGGUGCCUUCCUUCUCAAAAUGUGAGCUCAGUGAGAAACUUUCCCUGCUGACCCCUAUUUGGGGCACUUUUUUCUCUUUCACACAAUAAUGAAUUCUGUCAGGAGCUGUCUCUGUUGGUAGCUGUAGUAGACAUGAAAUAAAGCACUGUUAAAUUCCAUAUGAUCAAAGUGGAUGACACUUUGUACCACCCGUGGCGUGGUACAUGGAUUAAAAAAACAAAAAAAGAGUCUCCAGAGCUGAAUUAUCAUUGAAUUUUGAACAAUCAGUUUGGGAAUGGCCUUUUACCAGGACAGGACAUUUGUGCCAUCUUCUCAGCACAAUGUUGUGGUUUGACUGGCUUGUGUGCACUGAACUUCUCAAUGGCUGUAGAUCCAGUAGAAGUGAUGCUGAAUGUGUAAUAUUUAUAGGGUAGCUUUAGUAGCAGGAGAGGUAAUUCCACUGCCAGCCUGCACUGAAAACAAGUGUAUAUUUGUUUGAUAGUUGAAAUCCUGUAGCUAGCAAAACCUGGGAGCUCUUGGUAGGUUAGCUGUGGUCUGACUUGAUGCAUUCACCCACUGACUGUUCAGGUUUUCCUUGUAAUUCUGUGUGAUUAGUAAACUGAGUGGUGAUUUUUUUUUUUUAAUUUUUUUUUUUUUUUUUUUUGGUUUAUAAAGAAGCUGCUGUAAUGAUGCAAACCAACCUUUCCUGUAUUAGGCUAUGAUUUCAGCUUAAACAGUGUGCAGAUUAAGUAUCCAUUAUUAUAACAAGUCUAAUCUUUUUGUUGUUGUUACUUUAGCAGCAAGACUGGCACCUUGGCAGAGAAGGGAAACCUUUGAAAACGUAAAGCAUUGUUCUUUUUUUUUUUCAUUUCCUGAACUUGACCCCUAUGGGUCAAUGGUUUAAGUCUGCUCCACCUGAAAGUCUUUUUUUCAAUGAAUUUUUGCUUUGUUAAAGAAAAAAUCUCCUCAGCUCAAUUAAUAAUGCCCACGUUCUUAGCUAUUACUGGUUUUAUAUAUGGCACCUGGAUGUGACAGGGAUAAUUAGACCAAAGCAGUCAUUACCUUAUCAUCAACUGAGUGAUUUCCAGCCCCAUGUGGAUACAUUGGUUAUCAAAAUCAGUGGGUUUGGAGAUAAAGCAUGGAGGAAAAUUAUUAACAUCCCUGAAGAGGACACAUCUUGAUAGCUGCAUGACAGAGAUGUAGGAGAAAGACACUGAUGAUGGCAGGAUGAAAAUGACAGAGUGCCUGGUGCUGUUCUCCCUCUGCAUGUGGCCCUUCCAGUGAGCAGUUCUGGACCAGUGCCAGAUUUCCUGACCCAAUAGCCUGGAUUCAUGGGUGGCCACAAGAAGGAUCACCAUCAGCUCUGCUGCCUCUGUGAUGUUUCAUUAUUGAUGAGUUAGAUGAGGGGAUUGAGUCCAUCAUCAGCAAAUUCACAGAUGACAUCAAGCUGGGGGGAGUGUGGAUCAGCUGGAAGGCAGGAGGGCUCUGCAGAGGGACCUGGACAGACUGGAGAGUUGGGAUGAUUCCAAUGGGAUGAGGUUCAACAUUCCAAGUGCCGGGUCCUGCACUUUGGCCACAACAACCCCAUGGGGAGCUCCAGGCUGGGCACAGAGUGGCAGAAAAGGACCUGGGAGUUUGGAUUGCCAGGAAGCUGAACAUGAGCCAGCAGUGUGCCCAGGUGGCCAAGAAGGCCAAUGGCAUCCUGGGCUGGCUCAGGAACAGCGUGGCCAGCAGGUCCAGGGAAGGGAUUCUGCCCCUGUGCUCAGCUCUGGUGAGGCCACAGCUUGAGUCCUGUGUCCAGUUCUGGGCCCCUCAGCUCAGGAAGGAGAUUGAGGUGCUGGAGCAGGUCCAAAGGAGGCAACUGGGCUGGUGAAGGGACUGGAGCACAGACCCUAUGAGGAGAGGCUGAGGGAGCUGGGGGUGUUGAGGCUGGAGAAGAGGAGGCUCAGGGGAGACCUCAUCACUCUCUCCAACUCCCUGAAAGGAGGUUGGAGCCAGGGGGGGGGUUGGGCUCUUUUCCCAGGCAACUCUCAUCAAGACAAGAGGGCAGGGUCUCAAGUUGUGCCAGGGGAGGUUUAGGUUGGAGAUGAGAAAGAAUUUCUUUCUGGAGAGGGUGAUCAGGCAUUGGAAUGGGCUGCCCAGGGAAGUAGUGGAUUCUCCGUGUCUGGAGAUAUUUAAAAAGAGCCUGGAUGUGGCACUGAGUGCCAUGGGCUGGGAACCACGGGGGGAGUGGAUCAAGGGUUGGACUUGAUGAUCUCUGAGGUCCCUUCCAACCCAGCCAAUUCUAUGAUUCUAUGAUUACUUUGGAUAAGAAAUGGCUUUUUGUUGCCUAUCUAAGUAACCUCUGCUGUGUUUUGGUUUUUAUUUUUCUUUCCCCACCAGUCACUACCCACUUGGCCAGUACAAUCUUCAAGUGUUUUCUGCUUGGUUGGGGUUUGUUUGGUUCUUGGUUUAAGGUGGGAUAACUUUUUAUUAUUCCCAGCAAACACACAAACCCACACAAAAUUAAAUGAAAAGGGAGGUCUGGAUACUUCAGGGUAACAUCUUGAGGCAACAGAGGUGGUUUUGUUCCUGGUUUUGCUACAGUGCUUUCUGUUGUAUUUUCAAACAUAUUUACUGGGAGAAAAAUAAAGAGCAUUUUGCAGGUUUCUUCUCUUCUUGGGCAAAAAUAAGUCAUGAUUAUUUAGUGAGUACAUCUUUAGAGUGUGGUGCCACACAGCAGAGCUGAACAGGCCCAAGAGCCACAUUCCUGUUCUCUGCCAGGAGGACUGAGGAAUUCAUGGUACAGCUCUGCUAGGCCUUGACAAGGAAUUUUUCACCAAGGAGAACACUGUUCAGAGCAAAAUAACAUGACUGGUUUGUUUGGGUUUCUGUUAAAACCCCCUCCCAGCUUUGCUCCUACUUUUAUGUAUUUCAUGUAGAACAGGCACUAGAAAAUAACUGGCAAUUCACUGCAGUCUUUAGAAGGGGAGAUCUAAUAAAUAUUAAAGGGGAGGUAACCAUAAAGAAUAUAAGGAGCAGCACAUUCCUGAAACACAUACUGAAUGGAAUUUCUUAUGAAUGUAAUGAUUAAUUGUGUAAAUGACUGGAUAAAUCCUAUGGAAAGAAAUUAUUUGACCUUAUUCCUUGGCUUCUUUUUUUUUUUUAAUUAUUCUGGAAGGUGAUUUUGUGGCAUCCAGUAGCCAAUUUGCAUUAAUUGCUGCUGUAGAGAUUCUGAAAUGGAAAUAUUGGUUCCUUGAAUUUUAGUUUGUAACAAGACUGCCACAGUUUGUUCAAACUGCUUUGAAGCUUGCUGCACUAUAACUUCAAACCAAUGUGCUGUCAUUUGAAAUAGGCCAAAUGUAAAUGCUUUUUAUGAAUUAGUGAGUGCAGUAAGAGAGAAUUCAUGAUCUUGUCAAUAGCAGCUUUUCUGUUUCCACUGUUUGGACUCGGUUUUAUAUGUGUAAGUUAAAACUGCUAAAUAAGUCUAACUAUGUUUUGCUUUCAAUGAACAGCAUGGUCAUUUGGAUUACAAGCUCCUGUAGUUUUGUGGUGUCACUAAAACAGGUUUCAUUGGGUUUAUUUCAUUUCUGUGAUAAUCUUCUGUGAUUCUGAAUGUCCAAUAAUUCUUUUAUUUAGAGAAAUGAUGGCUACAUUAGGCAAUACAUCACUACCCUCAAAGAAGGACCAAGUUAGGAAAUGCUUUGUGUGAUAAAUAAUGCAAGGCUCAGGAGGAUAAUCUGAAUGUCAUAUUUCUCAUUCGUAUCACUUAGUUUCUGAUUUUUCCAAGUUAUUUAUUAUUUUUAAUAUUGUAUUUCUCCUGGCAUUUUGUUGUAAAUAAACUACCAACAAUUAUUCUUUACAA